AUGGUUUGCUUCUGCGGUGGAGGUGCCGCCGCUGUGGAGAACAGCGAUUCAGUGGCGGAUCCAACGUUUGAAUGGAGGAGUACCACUGGUGAUGAGGGUGUAACUGUGGACUCGUUGGGCGUUCCCGGCCUUCUAAAAGUGGGGACUGCCGUAUUUGCCGUCGCCGAGGCGCAGUGCAAGAAAGGAGGUGAAGGCAGCUUUACAGGCAUUGCAUCCGAACUUCUCACGGAUCCAACGGAUAAAAAACCGGUGGAAGUACUGAAUGAGGCCAAAAAGGAUACACAAGUCCUGGAGGAGGGCGCUCCCGCAAAGAAAAAGAAAGUAGAUGUGAGCCGACCAACAACAGUUGUGAAUGGAACUGAUAUUUACAUGCUUGCUGGAAAAUACAGCCGGACAGCAGCUGCUAAAGACGCUCAGGAGAGGGGCGCAGGUGAGUGGGGACUUUUGCUGGCGAAAGGGAAAGUCAGUGAUGGGGACAGUGGCAGUAACAAGAGAAUCCGAUGGAAUGUGAACCAGCGACUGGUCGACACUCUCUUUAAGCGCGAACAGGAUUCCUUGAUGCAGCUGGUUGCAGGCGGUGGAUCGGGUGUUAAGAUGGAGGACGGUGCGCUUGUGUUUCCCGUGGAAGUAACGAAGAAGGGUGAAUCAGAAAACGACGGAGAGGAAGGAAAGAGUGUCUCACUGCUCGUAUACACUUCGGAUACUUCGGAUGAUUCGAGUUGGAAGCUGUCGAAGGGGAUGUCUGACGGUGGCUGCGGUGAUCCCUCCGUCGUGGAGUGGGAGAAGGAGAAACUCAUGAUGAUGACUGCGUGCGAUGGCGGCCGCCGCAGGGUGUACGAGUCCGGUGACAAGGGGGGGUCGUGGACGGAGGCACUCGGGACACUCUCGCGCGUGUGGGGCAACAAACACGAGGAACAGACGAAACGUGUUGCGAGCGGGUUCACCACAGCGACUCUUGGAGAUGACAACAAAAAAGUGAUGCUCGUUACUCUGCCGGUGUAUUCUAAGGAGAAGGGCAGCGAAAACAAGGAAAAGAGUGAACUCCACCUUUGGCUGACGGACAAUACGCGCAUUGCUGAUAUUGGGCCCGUGUCCGAGAAGGACGAAGACGAAGUUGCCGCCAGCUCCCUGCUGUACGAAAGUGCUGAAGGUGAAGAUAAUAAUAAGGAGGAGGAUAAGUUGAUUGCACUGUACGAGAAGAAGAAGGGCGGUGAGAAGCCAUCACACGGUCUUUGGUCUGUGCGUCUGACUGAGCAGCUGAAGCGGGUGAAGGAGGUGCUGGCGACGUGGAAGAAAGUGGACGAAGCUGUCUCCAAGCUGUGCCCCACUGCAAGUGCUGCGAAGAGUGCCUUGACUGAGAAUGACUGCAGCGAUGGGGAGAUCACGGCUGGGCUGGUUGGCUUUUUGUCCGACAACUUCUCUGGGAACACAUGGAGGGACGAGUACCUCGGGGUGAACGCCACGGUGAAUCAUAAUGGUGGAGCUGAGAAGGCGAAAGACGGCGUGAAUUUCCGGGGAGCGUGGGCGGAGUGGCCCGUUGGCAGGCAGGGGGAGAAUCAGCUGUACCACUUUGCGAACUGCAACUUCACUCUUGUGGCGACGGUGUCCAUCGAGAAGGCGCCGGAGGGAGACAACCCCAUUCCAUUGAUGGGUGUGCGUGCGGGCAGUAAAGGAGAAACCAAACUUAUGGAGUUGUCGUACAACAGCGGAAAGAAGUGGAAAUUGUUUUGCGGUGGCGACACGACCAAUGAGCUCAGCAGCCAUUGGGAAGCAGGGACAGCACACCAGGUGGCCAUUGUGCUACAGAACGGCACCCAGGGCUCUGCGUACGUUGAUGGUAAGCGCGUGGGUGCUGCGCCAUGUGAAUUGGAAAAUGCGGAUUCGGAAGAGAUCUCGCACUUCUACAUUGGAGGGGUUGGAGACAGCGCAGAGGUCCAAGAAGUCGUGUCUGUGACUGUGAAGAACGUCUUUCUGUACAACCGCCCAUUAACUUUUUCAGGUGGGGAUGCCGAUUUGGAAGAGGCUCCCCACUUACCACCGGCAAAUCCGCAACCAACUGAGGCCGUUCCUCAAUCGGUGGAAGGGGAUCAAAAGGCGAUGCCUCCUGCGGGUAAGCCUUCUGAAGCACCAGGGGAGCAAGCGACCUUGCAGCAGCCUCCAGAAGAGCGUGAAACACAGGAAAAUACGACGGUGGGGGAAUCUGCCUCCACACAGCAAGUGCCGGCGAAUCGAUCGCAGGGAAGUGUGGGGAGUGCGGCGGCUCUGAACUCCCAUGCCGUUGGAGGAGCAACGGGUGAUGGCGGCACUGUGCGUGGGAGCGGACUGCUGCCAUCGCUGCUGCCGCUUCUGUUGGGACUGUGGGGGUUUGCGGCUCUGUGA